AACAACAUUACACACAUUUGAAAUGGUGCAUUUAACCUUCGAAAAAUGGGUCUUGCAAACCACAAUGGCCCAUUUUUAACCUUGAGCCUGCAUUUGAUGGUCUGACAAUCUUUCAAGCAUAACGUGGAAUAAGGUAGUCUAUUCUCAACAUUGCCUGACGCAAUGAGGGCACUUUCUGGCUUGAACAUCUUUAGGUUGGUAUGAUAAAAAAUUCAACUUUAGAUAAAACUGAAUAUUUGGCAUAUGCUUGUGGAUUGGCCAACAGUGGUGGGGUGGAUAUCAAAUAUAAAAAAAAUGUAUUUGCCAACCCAAAAGGAGUUGCCAAAUUGACUGCUGAACUAAAACGUCUCAAUUUUCAUUUAGGAGUGCCACUUUGUUUUCCCAAAUGCGAUUUUCUUGUUGACUGUUUUGCCCUAUGCACUGGGGCGCCUCUGUGCAUUACAUCACAUCUCAGACUUUGGAAAGGGCACCCCCUCCCAGUGGCAGCUGUCCUCGUGGGCAUACAGUAACUGCGCACUUUGCCUACGAACGGGCAUUAGUUUGCCAAGUAGAGGACGACGGUUGCCAUGUAUAAUCCCAAUUGGAGUUAUGGUGGAAAAUCAAAGUUGGACCCCGACGCUGGCACACAAUGGCCUACUCUUGCGAAUGACAGCCCGGGUCUAACGUCUACUGCAAAGCGGACAACGCAUGUGGUUAUACCGGUAGUAAUAAUUGGGGCGGAUGCUAAAAUUCGAACCAUGAACCCUACGUAGCCAGUUGACGCACUGUUUUUGGCCAUUACUCUACACAAUGUUCAAAAGCCACGAGAAAAGUGAACUAUUUCAGCAUGACCGAUUUGUCGACGUAGACAACACGAUUCAAGGGCUGCAAAAGGCCUUAACGGGAGUCAAAUGAAAAUGCGAGCUUGCAUAUGGAAAGUAAGUGUUGAUAAAGUAGGCUUCAGCGUGACUUUGAAAUGGGUGGUGUGAAAUUGUGAUUCUACUUUUGGUCGCUAGGCGGCGAUAAUUAUAUCAGGGAGAGGAUGUGUGACCGGCCUUCAAAGGUGCUCGCUAACAGGACUUGCCCCAAUAGUCUGUUAGGCUAUACGGGGGACCUUUAUCUUUGUGCUGAUUCUAGAAUUGUAUUUGAGACAGACUAAAAGUCAAUCAACACGCUUGAAGUUAAUUUCCCAUAGAAUAAACAUUUGAAAUAUCUAAUCUGCAUGCAAAAUACUAACGGGGUUGGACAAACUUCUAAGAAAAAAGAAUUCCAGGAGCGAAGUGUCAAGUUUAUGCAUUGCAAGGAGCUGGGCUUGGAGAGGUACGUGUGUAGAACUUAUUUUGCACCGUACUAAUCGCAGGUACGCGCUUGGGAAUUGCACCGACAGGAAAGAGGAAGAACACAUGAAUCGAAACGAACGUAAAUCAGACUUCAUAUUUGUUGUCGAGGCAUGAGGUGGGGCCACAUUACCGCAAAGGUGAUGGCCAAUUGUCGAGAUUCGUGGCGGAAUGACAGCCAAAUAAGCGAAGGCGCCCGACUUGUCGGUCGACGGCCGCGGAGGAGCAAUGAGAUCAGCUCAUGUUCAGGAGAGAGAUGGAUUGUGUGAUAACGUUCUGUUGAAAAAGGAGCUUUAUAGCUCAUCGGAUUCCUCCAGUAUAAAUACAUGUUCUGAUUCUGGAUGUGAUCGACGGACAGUUGAUGAUCCAUGAUGUAUUUUGGACAACAGUUCAGCGGUUUGAUGAAUCGCGAUUUGAGCUCGUUGAAUUAAGGUUAACCGCUGAAUAUUUCAACAAACAAACACUCCGAUGUAUCUUCCUUGUUAUCUUCGCCCCGCACGCAUCUGCGGAGCCUCGGAUAAGAGUUACAGUUGAGUGAUGUUUACCUUUUUUCAAGCGCAGUGCGCAUUCCAAAUGCCACCGCAGCCCAAAUUACCCCGACAUAAAUAGCACUCCGCCACAGCUUCGCAACUCACCCACCCACCCAUCCACUCAGCCACUCAUCCAACCAGCCACCACAACCAGAAACAGCAGCAGCAGCCACCACCUCCUCCUCCCUCCCUCCUACCCCACGUCACUCCAACUCUUACCCCUGGUUCAUUAAUAACACUGGGAUAGCGGACAUGCGCACGGAGCAGCCAAGUGCACAGUUGUGUCUGCCUGUGAGCUCGCGUAGAACUUGCUUUCUUCAAUAACUCUACACCACACACACACACACACGUGUCACCCGUGGGCACGUGUACACGCACGUGUGCGCGUGUGUGGCCGUAUGUAUACCUGCUUGCUCCAUAUGUGCAACCGUGCAUGGUGCCGACCUUCAGUGGAGCGAGCCUAGUGAGUGACUCACACAGAGACUCCUCGACCCGCCUUGUCUGCCAACUGCGUUCCACAUGGAUGGUCUCCGUCUCUUACUCCCUUCUCGCAAGACGGUCGUUAAUGCGAAGCGGCUGACUGCAGCUGAAGGAGCGGCCGUGAAGCGCCCUUCACCCGCUUGAUGCGCCAUCCACCGUCGUUACGGUCCUUGUUCUAAAAAAAAAAACAUCUCGCGUGCUGACGUCGGUCACUCCUGGUGGUUUGAAGCUGGGGCACGGCCUCGGAUAUGGAUUACGUCCGUGCUGUCCUACUCGCCGCUGUGGGAGCCGCAUUCAUGUUCGGUUGGACGCAGGUCGCUUCUCCAUCGGGCAUCUUCGAGUUGCAAAUCGGCACCUUCAGAAGCCCCCGCGGGGAGCUGCUCAGCGGCGAGUGUUGCGACGGCGAGAGAGACAAAGGCGGCCGAGCGUGCGCGGAGCAAUGCGACACAUUCUUCUCGGUGUGCGUCCGUCAGUAUCAGGCGGCCUCAACGCCCGGCCGUCCCACUCCGUGCGUCCUGGGGAACGCCUCCACACCGGUGAUCGGAGGAAACAACUUUGACCUCAAUAGUCUCAGCGGCCCCAACAUCGGACGCGUGAGCAUCCCCUUCAGGUUCGCGUGGCCGAGGGCGAUCACCUUGAUAUUGGAGGCCUGGGAUCAAGACAACGGCACUUCUGGAGGUCAGCUGAUCGCGCGUGCCACCUACUCGGGGCUGCUGCUGCCCACAGAGCGCUGGCACACGGAGGUGCACUCGGGUCCACGCGCACAGCUUGAGUACCGCGUACGCGCCCUCUGCGACCCGCACUACUACAGCGCCAACUGCACGCGCCUCUGCAAGCCCCGCAACGACUACUUCGGCCACUACUCGUGCGACGGGCUCGGCGGGAAGGUGUGCAUCGAGGGCUGGGCUGGACCCGACUGCAAGAUAGCGAUAUGCCGGCAGGGAUGCAGCGCCCAGCACGGCGCCUGUGAAGUGCCCGGGGAGUGCAAGUGCCAGUACGGCUGGCAGGGCUCGCUGUGCGACCACUGCGUGCCCCACCCGGGCUGCGUGCACGGCAGCUGCUCGAAGCCCUGGGAGUGCCACUGCCAGACCAAUUGGGGAGGCCUCCUCUGUGACAAAGACUUGAACUACUGCGGGCGGCACCAGCCGUGCCAGCACGGCGGCACGUGCUCCAACACACAGCCCGACAGCUACGAGUGCGCGUGUCCCGACGGAUUCUCCGGCUCCGAGUGUCAGAUCGUGGAGCGUGCCUGCCUCUCCGAUCCGUGCCUCAACGGCGGCACCUGCGCCGAGACGGACGGUGCGUUUGAGUGCACGUGCCCGGCGGGCUGGAGUGGCGAGACGUGCGCGCAGGACGAGGACGAGUGCGAGCAGAGCCCCUGUGCCCACGGAGGGGAGUGCGCGAAUCAGCCGGGCGGAUUCCUCUGCAGCUGUCCUCCCCAGUGGACCGGGCGCACGUGUCUCGUCGACGCCGACGAGUGUGAAGACAACCCGUGCAAGGGCAACGCCAAAUUCUGCAAGAACCUGUUUGGUGGAUAUUAUUGCGAGUGCCUGCCGGGCUGGACGGGCCACGACUGUGACGUCGGUGUUGACGAUUGCCAAGGACGGUGCUUAAACGGCGGCACGUGCACGGAAGUGGAGAGGGGAUCACGGUGCUCGUGCCGGCCCGGCUACACGGGGCGCCGCUGCGAGAAACCCAUCGACGGGCCUGAGAACUGCACAGCGGCCGUGGCGAACAGAACGGCGGGGGGUGCGGCGGCAGUGCCGUCGUCGGUGGCCGUCGGAGACUCCUGCCGGAACGGAGGCUCGUGCGUGUGGCAGGCUGGCGCUCUCCGCUGCGUCUGUCCCGCCGGCUGGGAGGGGGAGCUUUGCGAGCGCGCUGUGAGCCGCUGCGACCCGAACCCCUGCCAGAACGGUGGGCAGUGCCGUGACCUCGCUGGGGACUUCUCGUGCCAGUGCGAGGGCGAGUGGACGGGCAGCACCUGCGGCUCCAGUGCGAACGACUGCGCUUCACAUCUGUGCCACAACGGCGGCACGUGCGUGGACGGAGGGGACUGGUACCUCUGCGAGUGCGCCCCGGGAUUCUCAGGGCCCGACUGCCGCAUAAACGUGAACGAGUGCCAGUCGUCCCCGUGCCCGCGCGGGGCCUCCUGCGUCGAUGAGAUUAAUGGCUACAGGUGCGUGUGUCCUCCGGGGCAGCCCGACUCCAACUGCCACCAACCUGCCAUGGAGGUGCCCAGGCCAUGCUGGCCCCACGGGGAGUUCCGCGCGCAUGGCUCCACGUGGGUCGAUGGGUGCAACACCUGCCAGUGCGUCGACGGCUGGGGCAACUGCACCAAGGUGUGGUGCGGUCGGAGUUCGUGCUCUCUCUCCGCGGUGGCCUCGCCGGGCACGUCCGACCCCGGCUGCCCUCCGGCCCACGCGUGUCGGCUGGCGCGGCGUAGGCACGGCUGCCUGGCGGGGCCGUGCCGGGAGGGGGCCGGCGAGUGCGUGGGGCCGCCGCUGCCGCCGCCGCCCGCCGACUGCCGCCCCGUCCCGCCGCCGGAUGGGGUGGCCGAGCGGCCGGGCUGCGUGCGGCUCACACUGCGUGUGGAUCGCGCCCGCCUGCCUGCGGGCACGACGGUGGAGCACAUCUGUGCGGACCUGAGGCUCCUGCCGGGCGUGCGGGACUUCUCCUGGGUCUACUCGCUCUUCGUGCUCUGCGAGCGGCCCGAGGGACGCGAAGACACGGUCGUCGUCGCGAUAUCCACAGACCGCUCGGCAGGGCCCCAGGGGGGCGGGGCGGUGUGGGGCGCGGCCACGGUGCUCGCCGAGGCCGCGCGGCGGAGGAGCGGGGAGCGAAUUGCAGCCGUCUCGGACGUGGAGCUCAACUCCAAACGGCCAGACCACGUGCUGCUGGCCGUCGUGUCUUCGCUGCUGCUCGUGCUGCUCGCCACAGCCGUGCUGCUCUGCGUCUGGUGCCUCCGUCGGCGGCAGCGACGGCGACAGCGGCGGCGGCGGAAGAGGAACGACGACGACGACGACGACGACGAGGAGCCGGUGGCAGCGCCGGACGUGGCAGGCCGCCGAAACAACGCCGGCGCCGCGGCCGCCGGCGGGCAGCCGCCGGCCAAGAUCCACAACCCCAUCGUGCGGCACCCGCGCGCGGCCCUGCCCGCGCGCGCCGUCAGCAACAAGGAGCUGGAGAUGAAGCUCAAGGGCAGGACUCACAACUCCGAGCUGGAGCAGGUGGAGAUCGACAAGCUGCGGAGGCCGGCGGGCAAAGCGGACGCGGGGAGCGGCGGCGGGAACAGCCUCGCCGCGGCCCAGGCGGCCCAAGCGGAGUGCGAGCCGCUGAGGCCCAACGUGCAGCCGUGCGGCCAACCCCAGAUCCUGCAGGUGACCGUAUGAUGCCCAGCGGGCAGGCGGACUCGAUGAAAGCUAAAACUCACUGAAAACAAUUAAAACGCUGUUGUGAUCUUCCACUCGCGCGGUUAUUUUUUUUUUAAACGUGCAGCAGUAUUUUUUUUACGUUGUUUUUGUUGUUUUAUUGCGAGGGAUUAUAAAAUCAUGCCAAAAGUUGUUGCGCGCUCGAGUGUAGGGGAAUUCGGAUCGAGGGAUUGUUAUCGACAGUGGUCGUGUCGCGACGCAGGGUCAACGCCUGUGAGCUGAAGCGAGCUUGGCCGGGGCUUGGGGAUGUGCGGAGUUCACCGCCGGCACAGUGCAGCGAGCGUGCCCGCAUUUUGAAACAAGGAAAAACAUAAUCAAUCAGCUGUGCAGUUUAGUUUAGUUUUUAUAUAUAUGUCCAGCAGAAGCGGUUUGAAUAAAAUUCACACUUUGCACUUUUUGCUCUCUCCUGGUGUAGGCGUACAAGCACCUUCAGGCCGUGUUACUUGCCCGAUCGCGUUUUCAGGGCUUUUACUCCUCGUCCACAAAGCCUCGCGCCCUCGCAGCCAGCGUCCCGUGGGAGACGGAGGUGCUGUGCCGUGUUUGCACGGUCGUUAUAAAACAGGCCGGAGUUUUCCCUCGGUCGUAACAAGAACACAUACUCUCUGGUUCUUUCGGUAAAGUCACGUAGAUAGAAAAAAAUAAUUAAACAACAUGACGUUUCGGUCGCAACACAAGCGUGCGUCGUCAGGACGUCAUUAGGACGCUUGUGCUGCGACCAAAACGUCGUGUUCUUUUAUUAUUUUUUCUACCUACGUGACUUUACCGAAAGAACCAGAGAGUAUGGAUUCCUGCAGUCACGAAAGCUUCAAAUCAACAAGAACACACCCCGUGCAUCGAAAAAUUAUUGCGUGCAAUUGCAUUGGCUGUGGUUGCACAGCUGCGAAUUAAAAAAAAAAUAACCCAUUCGUCAAUAAGAAUGUGUCCUUAAAAGUAAAAAUAUGUAAAAGGCAAUGAUUCGGGAAAUGGUCCUUUUUCAUAACACAUAGAGGCCAGAGAGUUCGAGUCAGGCCCUCUCCCCUAUUUAUCUGCUGGCCUCUCUAUUAACGUGAUGGGCCAUUUCCCCGAAACGUCGCCUUUUAUACAUUAUUUUCCAUGCAAGGUGAGAGGAUGUUCUUGACGAUUGUGCCGACUUUCAAAUAUGGGCAAGUGUGGCCCAGUGUGCCUCGGUUCCUUGCACCAGUGCUCCGAGGCCGUGCAAAGCGCCGAGAGCACAGCUCCACACCGUCACGAGCCCGGAGGAAAGCGACCGUGUAUUUUAAACGCACGCUAUCCCACGCCGAACGCCUAUUCUUUCCUCGCACUGUUCUGUUGUAAAAAUCGAUACGGCUCGAGCGGUGAGCAACGCAAGCGGCGGCAACGUCCAUCAUUUUCGCAGUGUUUGCGCCGCCCUUUGUUUAAGCGCAAAUGCGGCCUCACAGCCGACCCGAACCCGGGUCCGCAUCGCUCUUCCACGCUCCACACCGCACCCCCCCCCCCGCCCCCACCGUAACGUCGCGACUGCACCCGAGAGCCACUUGCCUCAGCGUGAGUGGCUGCCUUUCGUAAAGUGAGCCACUCGGCCCGGUGACAGCUGGCCGUGCGGCCCAGGUUGCAGCUCGCAGUAAGGUCACUGUGGGUACCGAGGCUGAGCCAACUUAUGCAGUUAACGAAGCAGGCAGGCUCAGUUUUGAGAGUUCAUGGGGACGCGGCCAGAGAAGGAGGGAGAGAGAGCAAGAGAGUGGUUUUGGAGUGAAAUGUGGUAAUUGUGACCCGUGAAGGGCUCGCAGUACUGCUGUGCUCCUUACACGUUGAUGCAGUGAUGCGUCACAAUCUGAACACCGACCGUUCCCCUCCAGGUGACCUCUAGCUGAUGUCCUGUCUUCAAGACAAAAAAAGCAGAUGAUUCACAUCUCGACGGCACGGCCGAAAUGCAAGCACAUUGUGGCGCCCAAACGAUUUGGGCCUGCUGUUCGUGCAGAGACGAAGGGCACUACGGAAAAAGUCUGGCGCCAACGAUAUGGCGAAUCUUCGGUAUCAAUGAGUGGCCUUCCCCUGGACACUGCUGUGGCUUCUGCCUACAAGCCGAGUGCGUGCGAUAGCGGAGCACGUCUUCUGGUUAGCCCAGGGGUCCGCAAACCAAAAUAACAAGAACAGGCAUUUCUUUAGAAAUCGGUACAAAAAAAACCUCUAUGUCAAGAGCCACAAUGCACGUGCAUAACGUCACGAAGGAGUCCUUCAAGAGACGCCUGAGGCUCCGGAGCCUCAGAUUGCCCACCCCUGGGUGAGUCCAACACCCCUGCUCAUUUGUUGCCACGUCAGCCUUCCCUUCGCUGGCUACGCUGUCGACUUGGCAGCUGGUACCCCGCGGAAAAUUCAAAAGGGCCUUUGGAAACCGCAGGCAGACUUUUAACGGCCAAGCGCUCAAUCAUCUUAGGAGCUUGUGUGAACUUUGGCAACGGUCAUGUGCACACUCGAUUUGGCGUUAAGAUCCGAUAUUUAAACAAUCGUUAUUGUAUUGAUUUUGUUUAUUGUUAUUGUGUAUGGCUGGGUGGUGUUGUGAAUAGUGUUUGACGCACAAUCGGAAGGUCGCAAGUUCACAUCCUGGAUUGACCGAGCUAAUCAUCCCCCUCCCCCCCCCCCGAGUAUAUAAAAUUAGUACCACGAGGUGGGAAGUUGACGGUGGUUGUCCCAGACCGAAAGGCUGGCUCUUGCCAUAGACAUGUAGAAUUUCCAUGACUUGGCUCAAGGCCACCAAUGGAGAUGAGCAUUGUCCAGUUCGCGUUUGAGCAGGGAGACGCUUUCAAUCGACCUCUUGCACCGUAAUCAUGAGCAUUAAGGUUCGUUUUUCUUUUCUUUUUUUAUAUAUAACUCUGAAUGUCAAUAAAGAUGCCAGCACAUCCGUGGAAUUUCCAUUUGCCCAUUGUAACGGACCGUCACCAGAUUGCCAAGUGCUUCUGAGCGACAAAACGCUGCUACGACAACACCGAGUUGGAUUCACCAGUUUGAAAGAGCCACCGUGCGCUUAGGGGUAACUCCAGGGCAGUGCUCGCUGGAAAUUCUUCAUCAACACACACUUAGCAUUAAAUUAUGUUUUUUUACUGGCCCGCAGAGAGCCCCAACACUCUAUGCCAAUGCUGGAUCCAGCUACUCGUGGUAAAUGCGUUGCCAAUAACAAUUCCUGAUAUCACGUACAUAAACGUUACCCCUCGCCCCCACGAAUAUUCGUGACCAAUAUUCAGAAAUAUUGGUUCCACAUCCGAAUAUUUUUGCCCCCUUGUUUUUUUAGUUCCAAAGUAAUCUCUCUCUGCCUAUGCAUCUAUACCCGUGCAUUUUAUACUAUAGCCUUAAAUUUAACACCACUUUCCACACUUAACUCGUGAAAGAGUUUUCUUUCCGUCGCUGUACUUUUUCACACCAUUCGUUAGGUCCCGACUUUGUCCUCGACAAAGUAGUGCCCAGCCAUAAAGUCGUGCCUAACCCGAAAAGUCGUGCCUAACCAUAACACAACGCCUAAUCACCUAACCGGGGGGGUGAAAAUACCUAGGGGGGGGGGGGGGCGAGGACGCAAAGUUUGCUGGUGGCAACGAAUAUUCGCUAGCCCCCUGGAGGAAUUGAUAUUUGUUUACUCUGGAAACACUUUCGCGGAAACUGCCCACCCCCCCCAGUGGUGUCGUUGCUUCGCCAUGCGAGCGAUAAUUUUCCAUGGAGAGCGGAGACGUGGACGCCAACCACGGAGUGGCGCCUCCACGCGAGGGGCCUCCUCCCCACGGCCGUUGCUCGCGCUUUCGUUUUUGCUGCCUCUGUAAACGCGCAACAUUGCGUGGGUUGGUUUUGGUCGUCGUCGGCACCGAUCACUUCCGGCGAACGAAGGAGCAGGAAAAAGAGAGGCGGAGAGAGUUAGAAACGUUUUGGUGAGAUUCCCGGCGCAGUUUUUUUUGUUUUUACGAUCGUGCCGCAGAGCCAUCCGAUGCGAUUUUGUCUGUUCCGCGUGAUUUCCACACGCCUGGGAGCUUCUUCAGUUCCUCGAAGAGGCUCCCAGCACGUGAAGUGAAACGUUGGAUAUCGUGCCGAGCAGCGAGCGGCGCAAGCCGUAUACGCUCCUGAGAGCCGUGCAGCACAACCGCAGUUGCACCGCGCGUGGUGCUCAGCACGCAAAACGAAACGUCGGACGUCAUCCCCGAAAGAAAAAAAACACGCGAUACAACCCCCCAAAAAGAACACAUCGGAGAGUUCGUGAAAAUCUUUCCCCCCCCCCCCAGCUCGCGGUGUUUCCGACGCGCAGAGCGACGCGGGAGCCGCUCCGGACUUCGCUCCCUCGGAUCCGUGCGGUGCGCGGAAUUUUAAACAUUCGCUGCAGAUCAAUCCCGCCGGCUUCCGACGGAGAUCACACACGGCUCUGGUCGUAGCUCAUCUUGUAACGGAUUGCGAAAUUUCUGAUACUUUGCGAUACACGUGCAUUCCUAUUUUAUAAAAAGACUUAUUUAUUGCAGGUGUACAUUGCUUUAGCGGAAUGUGGAGUUGGCCUUUUUGUCACUGUACAGGUCUUUUUUGUAAUGCCACGAUGAUUAUAGCCGUGAAACACGCAUUGUUUCAAUAAAGAUUUUGUUUUUCUUAUCAUCAA